AUGGCUAGAGAUUCUUCAACAGGAGAUGAAGAUUUAUUUUUCCAGGAAUAUGAUUGCUCUGACUACUCAGAUACAUCCUCAGAGACAAGUCAGGAUGAACAAGUUACAGAAGAAGAAGCCGCACGUUUGAAAGAAUUUCCAACCUUUGAUAUGCAGAAGGUUUUGAGAAAACAACUCGACAGCAAAAAAGCAAAAGCUAAAGCAAAAGGCAAGGAGAUUAACGUCCCCAUAGAAGACGAGAAACUUGGGUAUUUAGAUCACGGUGACCCAACGUAUAGCUGUGACCAAUGUGGUGCUAUUUUCUCCAAGGGAAAGAAUGCCCAAACAGCAAAGAAAAAGAAUGAGUUCAGAAAUAAGAUCAUUGAAGAGUUGAUGUACAUGUUAAGAGAAGUAAAUCCGUAUGUAGAAGUGUUCCGGAUGGCGAAAGAUAGAAUUGAAGCGAAUGGAGCAGAACCAUUCCACAUGAGGAUUAUAAGGGAUCGUCCUGGAAAGGAUGCUAGGACCUACAAUACUCCCACUGCUUCGGAGGUUGCAGCUUUGAUUCCAGGUGAUUUUCAUUUGGAAAUGCCAGAACGUGACAUCAUUUUAGAAGAGAAACCCACUGGAAAGCUUCAGCGCAUCAGUGAAAUUCAUACAUCUUAUCUAGCAUUGCAAUAUCCUUUGGUGUUUCCAUACGGUGAGGAUGGAUUCAGAAUAAGACAGAGAAGGUAUUCACAGGACUCCAAGGGGGCCCCCAAGCAAAAGCAGAGUAUGAGACAGUUCUUUGCAUAUCGCAUUAUGGAAAGGCUAAACGAAAGCCAGACGCUGCUACUAUCUAAGCGAUUGUUUCAGCAAUUCUUGUGCGAUGCAUUCACCAUGAUUGAAUCCAACAGGCUAUCUUUUAUCAAAUACAACCAGUCCAAGCUCAGAUCAAUGGAUCACGAUUCCCUUAAGGCAAUGUUAAACGAAGGUUCAAAAGAUAUGGGGGAGCAAGGAAACAAAAUUCUUCUUCCAGCUUCUUUUGUCGGUGGACCGAGGUAUAUGCAGCAGCAGUAUUACGAUGCUAUGGCUACGUGCAAGCACUUUGGAUUCCCUGACUUAUUCAUUACCUUCACAUGUAAUCCCAAAUGGCCUGAGAUCACCAGAUUUCUAAGAAAAGGAACUUAG